UUCUCUUUAUACCAAAAAAAGGUUUAAAUUAGUAUGUGCAUAUCAAAUUUAGAUAUAAUCACCGGGAUAUUAUCUAAUGAAACGUAGCUGUUCAAUUUACUUAAAUUUCGAAAGCUAUACUAUCUUCAUAUGUUCUGCUUGAGAGCCCGAUGUACUUUAUGUCUCUUUAACAAAAUUAUACACAGUACUGCACAGUCAUUCAUAUGUACUGGAAUAUUUAGUUCACACUGUUAGCUUUUCAGAUUAAUAGUUAUAGGUGAAUUUCCAAAAUGGAGGCAUAUAUACAGCAGAACAUUCCUGUCAACCUUCACCCCGAAAGAAGAACUAAGCUUGACGUUAUUCAGAAGUUUGUGGCAGACAUGGAACGUGAAGGAAAAGAUGAACACUUUUUAGUUUGUGAUAUUGGCGAUAUCAUAAAGAAGUAUCAACAAUGGUCGCAGUUGUUGCCAAGAGUUAAACUCUUUUACGCCGUUAAAUGCAAUACAGACAGAGUUUUGUUGCAAAUUCUAUCGGACCUCGGUGCAUCGUUCGACUGUGCUAGCAAGAUGGAGAUUGAGAAAGUCCUUGGCCUUGGAGUUAGCCCUGAUCGAGUUAUAUACACUCAUCCACACAAAUUGAAUACCAGUCUCAUUUACGCGGAACGCCACAGUGUGUCUUUGAUGACCUUUGACAGUGAAAUCGAGCUGCACAAAAUUAAAUCUCUUCAUCCCACAGCCAGAUUGGUAUUGCGUAUUCUAUUGUUUGAGCAAUUUGAAGCAGAUGAAAAAUUUGGAAGUAAGUUUGGAUGCCCUUCUGACCAGACAAGGGAUCUUCUACAGCUUGCAAAAGAACUAGAACUAGUUGUGGUCGGUGUAAGUUUUCAUGUUGGGUCUGGAAUAAAAGACGCUAGAGCAUAUAUAGCUGCGAUACAACAAAGCAGGAAAACGUUUCAAAUAGCUCAAGAAGUUGGCUUUAUCAUGAACGUACUUGAUAUUGGUGGGGGUUUCCCCGGAGCACAAGAUACUUCUGAUUUCUUUCAUGAGAUUGCCAGCGUUGUGAAUGAAACACUAAAUGAUUUAUUUCCUGCUGACGAAGGCGUAGAUAUCAUAGGAGAACCUGGUGCCUAUGUUGCUACUUCCGCUUAUUCAAGUUUGGUUAACAUCAUUGGAAAACGCUGGUGUUCAAAGAAGCCCUUACUAACAGAACGUUAUAAUAAACCAGAAAAGAACUCAUGGAACUCCUGCGAAGAGGACAGGAAUACCUAUAUGUAUUACUUGAAUGACAGUGUGUUUGGAAACUUCUUAGAUGGAACGUUGUACACUGGGUGUACAACAUACAUUCCAAAGCGGAUAAAGACUACAAAUGAUACUGUUUCCUAUGGAAGCAUUCUUUGGGGAUUUACCUGUGCGGGAAACGAUUGCGUUAAUCCUUCCAUCAGAUUGCCGGAACUUGACGUUGGUGAGUGGCUUUACUUCGAAGACAUGGGCGCCUACACUCUUAGUAUGGCUUCAAAUUUCAAUGGACUUGAAACUCCUGAGAUAAAGUACUACUGUUCAGAAGAUUUAUGGUUACAAGUAUAUCCGAAGACAAUAACCAUUUCGAGGGAUCAGACUAGGCAAUAAUGUCUUUAAUAACGUUUGUGCCAUAUUGUUAUUGUAUUACCAGAAUUGAUAUUUUAUUGCUAUUGUUGUUGCUAUUUAUAAGCAGAUAAACAUGCACAUUUGAAUGAGGAAAUAAAUUGAUACUUUGCAAUUAUUGAUAGAAACAAUGACGGAUAUGAGGCAGUGAGGCGGGGAUGAUGAAUACACAAACUGUCGGAUAUACGAAUGUACAUUUCCAAAAUACAAUCAAAUUCGACAGGGAAGUUAGAGAUGCAAAUAUGAUACUGUUACAAAUUUAAAUAUCAUUGAAACAACGCUUUAUCUUGUGUAUCUAACUUUUUCCACCAUUUUAAUCACAACUGUUUCUUGUUUACAAACCGCUUUAGAUGUACGAAUAUAUCUGAUAAAAUGGUAAAAUGGCAAAAUUAAAUGUUUCCACAGUGUACCUAACACAACCUUUAAAAUACACGGAUUAAUUGCCGAACGACAGAUGCCUCUAGUGUAAUAUUUGUUGUUUUAGAAAAUAGCCUUAUGCAUAAUUUUCCCAUUGGAAACAUCAACAUACUUAUACUUUCAUUUUACCCCAAGAAUGAAGAGCAUAAAUAUACACAUAAUUAAAUGUACAUGCAUAGAUAAUGAAAAGGCAUAAAUUAUACAAGAAUAAUAUUACAAAAGUGUCAAUAAGAAAAUUAGACAUACUAAUGUCCUAAACGACGCUGUUCAAAGUUUUAAAGCUAACUUUGGCUCAGUAUAUUUAGCAAGAAUAUUGAUAUAUCUCAAAAUGAUAAGCAAGUUUAAUAAAUAUGAUAAAAACCUGUUCAAAUACAAACAUUUAUUUUAUAGGAACUUCGGCCCUAUUAGGGACCACUAUAGCUAAAAGUAGAUAUGCCUUUCUUCGCAUUAACCACUAAAAUGUAAUGGAUUUUUAUCAAACUCGAUGUGUAACAAUAUCGUAAGGUCUCCUGCUAUUUUGUUACAAAUGGGGAUAGGGACCAAUUUAGCUAAAAAUAUAAACACGUUUAAUGACCUCUUCUCAUGAACCGCUUCAUGAAUCUUCAUCAAACCACUGCUGUAAUUAUUCGUCUAAGGAUAAACGAAACAAAAUUGCAACCCUACGAAACCUUUGCGAAAAAUUAAAAGAGAACCAUUUAAAUUGUUAAAGUGCGGUGUUUAGUUUUGCAAUUUGAAAAAUGUUAGAUGAAAGAUGAAUGUUAGAUGAAAAAUUCAUAAACUUCUUUCCUUAUAACAAUUCGCCGACCAUCAUUUUUAAAGAUAUUUCUUGUUUACAAUAAUAUUAUGUCAACAAUUCAACAUAUCACACUGUUAUCAGUGUCAAUCUUGUAUUAAGCCAUCGCUAAUAAUAGUAAGUGAAUCAACUGACUUGUGUGGUUUCUCUUAUUAAUAAGUUAAAUAUACGUGUGUGCACUAAAUGUAUCUAUGACAAAGCUCCACCAAACAUUCUGUGAAUUUACAUUUCUAUGGCAAAAAUGUAGAAUAUGAGUGGAUAUAUCAUCUGUCAUAUAUAAGCAUUUCAGCUCUUUUAUAAGAAAAAGCAUUUUCCAAGCAAUUUAAUUGCAUUUCAACAAUGUUUUAAUUUAGACACAAAUGUAAUAACCAUAUUUUACACCCAUUGACAGAAAACAAAUAUAUAUACGGAAAAGAA